UUCAAUCGCAGACGAAACGCGAAACAAUUAGCCUCGAUCGUGUGCCUUAAAAACUAAAUUUUUAAGAAUAUUCAGUGAAAUAGUGUAGUAUCGAAGCCAGCUCUGUUUAGAAAAUCUCUACUUGACGACACAAAUAAUCAACGAAAUACUCAAGAACCAUGCAAUCUCGGAGCGUUUGCUUCGUAGUGGGCAGUUUGGUGUUGCUUGCUUUUGGCGUCCAAAUGGGCUUCGGCAUCAAAUGCUGGGAAUGCCGUUCAGAUUCUGAUCCCAAGUGCGCCGAUCCGUUCGACAAUAGCACACUUUCGAUUACGGACUGCCGGCAGCUGGAUGAAAAAUCGCAUCUACCUGGCGUGAAGGCGACGAUGUGCCGUAAAAUCCGACAGAAGGUGCACGGCGAGUGGAGAUACUUCCGUAGCUGUGCCUUUAUGGGCGAGCCGGGUAUCGAAGGCGACGAACGGUUCUGCCUAAUGCGCAGCGGUACCUACAAUAUCUUCAUGGAAUACUGUACCUGCAACAGCAAGGACGGCUGCAAUGCGGGAUCGUACCGCUCCCCGACGAUGGCAUUAAUAUUAAGUGCCUUGAUAGUAUUCUUAUCGGUUGUAGCAGUUUUUCGUCGCGUGUAAGUCCUUCUGUGGUCAGGGCAUAGGUUAGCAGAAUCUUUAUAAAACUCUAGAAGCCAUAGAGAAGUUACGAUAAUUGGAGGGGAGUAACUGCAUGCGAGUAAGUUACUGUUGCUGUGUUCUAUUUGAAACGAAACAUUCCGUCCACUAAUGGAAUCUCAUGCCAGUAUUUGGUGCAGCUUAUUUUUUAACAUUUCGAACACAUGCUUUUUUAGCAAAACGAUGAAAUAAACCUUUUUAUAAAAGUAUU